ACAAGUUUGAAUUCGUAGAAUUUAACGUACUCUUACAUUAUCGUGCAUCAUUCUCAGUAUUUGUUUGUCAAUAAGUGUUUUCUUGUUGUUUAACAUGAGUAAUAUCGAUGAUAAAGCAAUCAGUAACGAAAAAGGAAUGAAUAUCCGUAAGUCAGCAGAAGAAAUGGAUGAACAACGUCACAAGACAGUCGCUUAUGAAUACCUCUGUCAUUUGGAGGAAGCCAAAAAAUGGAUGGAAGCAUGUCUUAGAGAAACACUUCCACCAACAACUGAAUUGGAAGAAAACUUCAGAAAUGGAGUGUAUUUGGCAAAACUUGCCCAUUUUAUGGCACCUGAGUCUUUGCCUGCUCACAAAAUAUAUGAUGCUGAGCAAAAACGUUAUGCAGUAGUUGGUUUGCAAUUUAGGCACACAGAUAAUAUCAAUCACUUUCUGAAAGCUUUAAGAUCCAUGCAGUUACCAAUAACUUUUCAGCCAGAAACUACAGAUAUCUAUGAUAAGAAAAAUAUGCCUCGCGUAAUAUAUUGUAUUCAUGCUCUGAGUACUCAUUUGUUUAAACUAGGUAAAGCACCACAAAUUCAGGACUUAUAUGGAAAAGUGAAUUUUACUGAUGAAGAAAUAAAUACUGUCAGUAAAGAGUUGAAAAAAUAUGGAAUUCAAAUGCCUUCAUUCCAGAAAAUUGGGGGUUUAUUAGCAAAUUGCAUGGAGAUCGAUGCAGCUACACUUCAUGCUGCUGUAAUAGCAAUUAAUCAAUCUAUUGUAGAAAAGGAUAACGAGAAAAUAUUAACUACCCUUCAAAAUAAAGUAGUGAAUUUGAAUAAUAUUAUGCCAUGUUACAGUAAAGAAUACUUUGACGCUUUGUUCGAAGCAAAGGAAUUGAAAGUGCAAGCUGCACUUAAUAGAUCUCUUAAUGAUAGUUAUGUGCCAGAUAUAUAUGAUGAAUUAUUAACUCAAGCAGAAAUUCAGGGUCAUAUUAAUUAUGUUAAUGUUUCCUGUGCUAUGAAAAAUAUAAUUCAGUCUAUUCGUUGUAAGAACAAUCAUUUUAUGGAUAUAUUAAAAAUGCCUGCAUUGUACUUAAAAAACGUCGUUCACGAAAACGCACAAUUAUAUAAAGAACAACUAACGCAAUUAUUGAAAAGUACUGAAUGGAAUAGUACAUAUUCAGAAAAUAAUCAUCAUCAUUGUAAACAAUUACUUCAAAAAGAAAUUGAUAAAGCAAAUGAAAUAGCACUCAAAUCUCGGAAGCGUGAUAAUUGUGUAAAGCUUUUAAAUCUAACAUUACAAAAUGGUAAACGCAAUGAUUUUUAUGAAGUUUUAAAAAAGCCUGAUCUUGAGUUGACAGAAAAAAUUGAUGAUUUUGCACUACCAUUAUAUUAUGAAGAGAUGAAAGUCGAUCGUAUUGACUCUCAGAACGACCUUUCAUAUAGCGAUAUUGUAGUCAGUUUGCGUGUUUUAUCGAUAAUUGCAGAAAUUAGUAAAGCUGUAGACACGGGAAAUCCAGAUUUAGUUUAUCAAGCUUUGGCAAAUCCAGGUUGUCAUGUUUCUGAAUUAGAUCAAGGGAAUAAAGUAAAAUAUUAUAGAGCAUUAGCAACAGUUCGAUUUGAGAAACAAACUAGAGAAGAAUGUCCUUUAUUAACAUACAGUGAUGUUCAAGAAUGCAUUGAUCAUGUCAAUCAACAGUGUGAAAAUGAUGAUGAGGUGAUACAAGUUCUACGUCAAUUAAACUCGGCUGUCAUAGAAAAUGACCGAAAUAGCAUUAUAGCUGCUUUGGAAAAUUCUGCUUUAAAAUUAGAGGAACCUAUUUUGCCAACAGAUGUGUCUCUUUAUUUGAAAUUAUUUAAAAAAUGCCUUGAAGAAAAACAUAAUGAUGGUUCUGAAUUAUGGCUAGAAGAUGUAGAAAAUAUAACAAAAAUUGUUGCGAGUGAAUCCAUGAGUAUUCAACGUGUUUGCUGCUUUUUGUCACAAAUUAACUCAGCGUUACAGAAAAAUGAUAUGUCAUUUACAAUUAAAUGCCUUGAAAACUUUGGUUUCAGAAUACCAGAGCAAUAUAAAACAAACUGUUUCAAAACCUUACGCCGUUUAAAAAAUAUAAAGAAUAAACUGUACAACUAUGAAUUUGUUCAAUUUUUUACUUUUGGAAAUAAUGAAUCUUAUUUAGAUUUACAAAAGCUCAAUUACACCUGGGACCGACCUAAAAAUGCCUCAAAAACAUUUUAUAUCGACAUGCAAGACAUAAUUGAAUUAAUAAACAGUGUCACAGAAAAGGAACACGCAGAAUAUUUGAUAAAAGACAAAAUAAUUCGAUUUCAAGCUUAUAUUCGUGGAUAUUUAUUAAGAAAGAAAUUUUCUGAUAGACUUACAUGCUUUCAUGAUAAUGUAGAUAAAAUUAUUCGAAUCCAAGCCUGGUGGAGAAGUAUAGUACAGCGUAAACGAUACAUGAAAUUAUUAGAAAAUAAAAAGAAAGCAUUUCAAAAUACAUAUGUAAAAAUGAAACCCAAAUAUAUAAAUAUAUUGGAUUGUUAUAGAGAACACGAAGAAAAAAUCAUAAAAAUACAAGCUUUAUGGCGAAGUCGUGCCGAAAGACGCGCUUUUCAUUCACUUUUAUAUAUGGAAAAACCACCAUUUCCUGUUGUCCGUCAUUUUUCUGCAAUUUUAAAUUUUAACGCAGAGGAUUAUGAUAAAGACUUACAAUUACAAUAUUUAAAACAUGAAGUUGUUCAAAGUAUACGACACAAUCAGGUUUUAUCUCAACAAUUGGAUAGCAUGGAUAUAAAAAUUGGUUUACUUAUACAAAAUAGAAUUACACUACAAGAUGUUGUAGCACAUGGAAAAAGCUUGGAAACUCUUGCAAAGCAAAGACAUUCCAACAAACCUCGAAGGAGCACUUCAUCAGAUGGUGCUGUUUCACACAAAGGCUUAAAAUCAUUAACUAAAGAGGGUCGAAAAAUGUUGGAUGGAUAUCAACAUUUGUUUUAUGCACUGCAAACUAAUCCAGCAUAUUUAUCAAAACUUUUAUUUCUCCUACCUCAAAGUAAAACAAAUAAGUUUCUUCAAAAUGUAAUUUUAACGUUAUUUAACUUCGGAUCAAAUAUCAGAGAAGAAUAUUUGUUAUUAAAAUUAUUUGGCAGCGCAUUACAAGAAGAAAUCAGAUGCAAAUUUCAAAAACCAUCUGAAGUUGUUACCGGGAAUCCUCUUGUUCUGAAAAUGGUGGUAAAUUAUGCACGACAAUUAAAUGGCCAAAGAGCUUUGAGAAAAAUUGUUGGACCAAUUAUUGAAAAAAUUUUAGCUGAUCGUACAUUAAAUAUAGAAACGAAUCCUGUCGAUAUUUACAAAUGCUGGCGAAAUCAAUUAGAAAUGGAAAUAGGAGAAACAGUAAAUCUGCCUUAUACGGUAACACAACAACAAGCUCUAGAAUAUGAGCAAGUACAAAUUAGAUUAAAUAAGGGAAUACAAUUACUUCAAAGUACUGUUCUAGAAUUUUUGACUAAAAUAACUGAAUCACGAGAUUUAAUACCAUAUGGAAUGUUAUAUAUGGCUAAAAUUUUAAACGAUUCUUUAACUGAAAAAUUUCCAAAUUCUCCAGAAAAAGAUAUUUUAAAAGUAGUGGGAAAUUUAAUUUAUUAUCAUUAUAUAAAUGCAGCUAUUGUAGCUCCAGAUGCUUUCGAUAUAAUCACAUUGCCAAUUGAUAGAUCAUUAUCAAAUGAUCAGCGAAGAAAUUUAGCUAGUAUUGCCAAAAUAUUACAAUUCGCUGCUUCUAAGAAAGGGUUUGGUGAAGAGGCCACGCAUCUAGUUUGUUUGAAUUCAUUUAUAAUUGAAUGUCACGAAAAGUUUAAAAGCUUUUUCCGUUAUUGUUGUCAAAUUGAAGGUCUAGAAGAACAUUUCUGUAUUCACGAAUAUACGGAGGCUACGCUUAUUCACAAACCUGAGAUAUAUAUUUCAUUACAAGAAAUUUGUGACACUCAUUGCCUUAUGUUAGAAUAUCAAGAUCAAAUAGCACCAGACCCAAUGGAUCCGUUGCACGAUUUAUUGGAUGAUUUAGGUCCUGCACCGACUGUUGCAUCUCUACUUGGAAUCUCUGACACCGCAUGUGAAACAAAUUUAACGCGUUUUGGAAAAACAGAAGUAUGUUUGGUGCUCACCAAUAAAUUUCAAGUGCCCGAAGAGGAAGAUGCUAGUUUAAACAAACUUUUCAUAAAAACGAAAGAAUUAUUAGUUUCUGUACUGCAGUUUUUAAAAGGUCAAACGUUAGUCGAAGCUUUAGCAGACACUAUAUGUUCUCCUGUCCAAGAAAAAUUAAACGACGUAAAAUGCACCAGUUUAUCGCCUACUUUAAAUAUUAUUCAUAAGAGUUCAUCCUUGAAUGAUUGUAAGCAUCAAUUACGGGCGUAUCUUAAUAAACUUGAACUUGAUGGUUGGGUCAGCCAAGAAGAUGGAUAUCAAAAUAUUAUAACUGCAGUGGCUAAGGAUCUUUGUAAUAAAGGAAAAUAUCGAAUUAUUCGGAAUAAAGAAUUGCAAACUUUACGUACAACUAAACAAAGACUGGAAGAAAAAUGUAAAUAUUAUCAAGAACAAGUAGAAUAUUAUAAUGAAUAUAUACAACAUUGUUUGGAAAAUUUACGCACAGCAAAAGGAUCCUUGCGAGCAUUUAAAGUCAAUCAGAAGAAUAAUCACGUUAAGUUAAGAUCUAAAAUGACAUUGAAAUAUUCUGCAGCCAAACUACAAGAAAAAGGAGUACUGUUAGAAAUUGAUGGACUACCGCAAUCGCAGUUUAAAAAUGUAAUUUUUGAAAUAAGUCCAACAGAACAUACUGGUCUUUUUAGCGUACGUUGUAAAUUUAUGGGAGUAGAAAUGGAAAAAAUUGAUAUCGAUAUACAAAAAUUACUUGAAUUGCAGUUUGAAGGUGCACCAAUUAUGGAUAUGUUUGGUAAAGCAAAAGUUAACGUAAACUUACUGUUGUAUUUAUUAAAUCGAAAAUUUUAUGGUAAAACUUGAAAGAAAAAAGAAUUGAAUUAUUUUAUUUAUAUAUCUAUAUCAAUAUGACAAUUAUGCACUUGUGCAAUGUUCUUUUAUAAUUAAUUAAAUGUAAUUAUGAGCUUUUGCACAAAGAUAUGUCAAAUAUUAAUUUCUUACAAUCUGUGAAAAUUUUAGAUUUAAUUUACAAAAUUCACAAUUAUCAUACAAGAAAUUUUAAAAUAGAAUUAAUGUUUGUAAAUAAUUAUAAUUAUAAAAGUUUAAAUUUUAACAUAAGACUUCUUAGUAUGGAUAUACGUAUUAUUGUGAGCGAUCAGUAUAAUAUAAUAUAAAAUAUGUAAAUUCUUUGAAAUUAAACAAAUUUAUGUAUAAUAUAAAACUGACUUGUAAUAAUUCAAUUGUUAUUAAUUUCAUGUUAGGAGAUAUAUUUAACAAUAAUACAUGAAGAAGUCUAUAGAACAAAAGCUGCUAAAUAUGAUUAAAGAUUUUAGAAAAGACAAAUAUAUAUUUUUUUUAAUUUUAUAAAAAUAAGUAAACUAAUAGUAGUAAAUAUCACCUACUAUUAAGGUAAUAGUCUAUAAA